AUGGUCCGGAAGCAGAGGCAGGAGCAAGGCGAGGGACAGAGCUUCCAGGAGGCACAGCACAGGGAGCUCCAGCAGCAUCAAGACCCCUUGGUGCUGAGGCCAGCGUUUCUCCCGGACCCAAACGAUGGCAGCUUGUACGUGGUCGGGGGCAAGCACAAGGAGGGCCUGAUGAAGUUGCCUUUUACCAUUCCAGAGCUGGUGCGAUCUUCUCCGUGCCGAAGUUCUGAUGGCAUUAUCUACACAGGGAAGAAGGAGGACACGUGGAUCGUCGUGGAUCCUGCUUCGGGGCAGAAGCAAACCACGCUGUCGACCAAGGCCUGGGAGGGGCUGUGCCCAACCAGGCCGUUGCUCUACAUCGGGCGCACCCAGUACAUCAUCACCAUGUACGACACGCACUCGCGCGCGCUGCGCUGGAACGCCACCUUCCUGGACUACUCGGCCCCGCCGCCCGAGCAGAGCGAGGACCACAAAAUGGCCCACCUGGCCUCCAGCGGCGGUGGGCUGCUGGUGACGGCGGCCAUGGAGAGCGGCGACGUGCUCUGGACGCGGGACUUCGGCUCCCCUGUGGUGGGUGUGUACACCUGGCGCCAGGACAGCCUGUGGCGGGCGCCCCACCUCAACAUCGCGGAGGAGAGCCUGCGCUACCUCGUCUUGCGCUCCCAGGACCUCCGCCUCCUCAGCCGGAGGCACCGCUCCGCGGAGGAAUUUGCCACCAAGACGCGGCUGCUGCUGACGCUGUACGUGGGCAGGUGCGCGGCCGGGUUCUACGCCAUGACGUCCCUGGCGCACGAGGGCGUGGCUCUGGUGCCUCAGGGAGUGACUCUGGCGCGGCCCGAUGGCCCCACCACGGAGGACGUGACCCUCCAGAAGUCUGGCGAGUGUGAGAUCACGCCCAUCACAGACGUCAGGUACCCCCAGGGCAGCGUCACCGUUCCCCACAGCCAGUGGCUGCUCAAGGGACAUCAUGAGCUGCCCCCCGUAGUCCACACGACCAUGCUGAGAGCCGUUGCGGCGACCUGGCAGCGGAGACCGGAGGCUGCCCCACCCCGCGGCGCCCCUUCUGGGACCCUCUUUGACAACUUCCUGGCCCCACACAGCCUGGAGCAGCCCCCUGGGGGUGACCAGCACAGCGCAGACCCCCGGCCCAAGACGGCGCAGGCGGCUGCUUACGUGGAGCUCAGUCCCUGGCGGCUGGGGGCGGCUGGAGUCACUGCUGCGCUCGCGGGCGGGGUGCUGCUCUGCCUCGCGCUCUGGAUGCAGCGGCUGGGCCAGAAGCAGCAGCAGUGCCUGGAGCAGCAUCUGGAGGAGAGGCUGCGGCUGCUGCAGCACCUGGGAGCAGGCUGCCCCGGGGCAGGCGUCCCCAGCCAGUCUCCUGGAGCUGCCACUGGGAGCUCCCUGGGGCCAGGCCAGGGCCAGGGCUCCUCCUCCUCCUCCUCCGCUGGAUCGGCCGUCGGGGGUCCCGGCUGGAGCCCAGUCACAGAAGGCGUCAGCCCAGCAGGCGCAGGCCCAGGUACCGUCGCCGUGGGGAAGAUCUCCUUCAGCCCCAAGGAUGUGCUGGGCCGCGGGGCCGCGGGCACUGUGGUCUUUCGGGGGCACUUUGAGGGGCGCCGCGUGGCUGUGAAGCGCCUGCUCCUGGAGUGCGUCCACCUGGUGGAGCGGGAGGUGCAGCUGCUGCGCACGUCGGAUGAGCACCCCAAUGUCGUGCGCUACUUCUGCACGGAGCGGGACCCGCAGUUCCACUACAUCGCCCUCGAGCUCUGCGCCACCACGCUGCGGGAGUAUGUGGAGAGCACCGCUGCGGGCCAAUGGAGCCUGGACCCCGUCUCGCUGCUGCAUCAGGCUGUGUCUGGGCUGGCGCACUUGCACGCCCUCGGGAUAGUGCACCGUGACCUGAAGCCCUCCAACAUCCUCAUCUCAGCCCCCAAUGGCCACGGGCAGGUCCGCACCGUCCUGUCGGACUUCGGCCUGUGCAAGAGGCUGCACCAGGGGCGCCAGAGCUUCAGCCUCCGCUCAGGCAUUCCAGGCACGGAGGGGUGGAUCGCGCCAGAAGUGCUGCAGGAGAACCCGAGCGAGAAUCCCACGUCGGCGGUGGACAUCUUCUCAGCUGGCUGCGUCCUGUACUAUGUGGUGUCUGGGGGCGAGCAUCCCUUUGGAGACGGCUUCCGUCGCCAGGCCAAUAUCCUCGCUGGGAGCUAUGAGCUGGGGCAGCUUCAGCAGGACACUCACGAGAGCCUUGCCGCACGGGAGCUGGUGGAAGCCAUGAUCAGCCAGGACCCCCACGCACGCCCCUCGGCCUCCCAGGUCCUCCUGCACCCCUUUUUCUGGAACCAGGAGAAGCAGCUGCAGUUCCUCCAGGACGCCAGCGACCGCGUGGAGAAGGAGCCGGCCGACGGGCCCCUUGUGCGAGCGCUGGAGGCAGGGGGCCGCGUGGUGCUGCGAGGCGACUGGAGGGCGCGGGUCUCCAUCCCGCUGCAGUCAGACCACAGGAAAUUCCGGAUGUACAAGGGCCACUCGGUGCGGGACCUCCUGAGGGCCGUGAGGAACAAGAGGCAUCAUUACCAUGAACUGCCCGAGAGCGUGAGAGAGACUCUGGGCACCGUCCCAAACGGCUUUGUGCGGUACUUCACGAGCCGCUUCCCACGCCUGCUGCUGCACACGCACCGCGCCAUGCGCCCGUGCGCCCGCGAGAGGCCGCUGCAGGCGUACUACUCCUGA